GCGUAUGGUUUUCAGGCAAUGAGGUUCUAGUGAAUCCAACCUUCGUAACUAUCGAUGAUGGAGCUGUGUGUUUGACUGGAGCACCAGCGGCUUAUUAUUUUUUCAAAGGUUUUGGCAACGGCACCAGAAAUUGGCUCAUUUAUCUCAAUGGGGGAGGAUGGUGCAAAAACAUUACGGAUUGCCAAGAGUAUAUUGGGCUCAAAGGUGGUGCUUGGCCGGUUCCUACUCCUAUGCCUGAUUCCACUGUCAUGUUAACAAAUAGCAAUGAAGAUGAAAAUCCAGAAUUCUAUAACUGGAACAAGGUUUCGGUGAGGUACUGUGAUGCUUCCUCGUUCACUGGGAACUCUCAGAUCACAAUAACAAAUGGCACUACCUAUUACUUUAGGGGUGCCAGGAUCUUCAAAGCUAUUACCCAAGAAUUAUUGGCCAAAUGAAUGGGAAAUGCAGAGAAUGCUCUUCUAGUGGGCAGCUCAGCAGGAGGAGUUGCUGCAACCAUCUAUUGCGAUACAUUUCGCAGUUUCUUUCCGUCAACUUCCCGAGUCAAAUGUUUUUCGGACAGCGGAUAUUUUUUCCCUUCGAAACGACACAGUCGGGAGAGCAAAUUUGUACCCAUCUUUGAGGGAUUAGUUGAUAUCCAUGGAUCCACACCCGCUUUGCCGAAAUCUUGUACUUCGAGACUACCUGCGGCUUUGUGUUUUUUUCCACAAAAUUUGCAAGGAGACAUCCGCACUCCUAUCUUCUUUCUCAUGUCAGCAUUUGAUACUGUCCAGAUCAAUUAUACGUUGUCAAAUGAGGAUGCGGUUUGUGCGACAAAGGGAAAUUGCACCUCAAGUCAAAUGAAAGCCCUGCAAGAGCUUAGGUUAGAGUUGUUGGACGUGUGGCCAAAUGAAAGGAACAAAUCACUCAAAGGACUUUUAGUUUACUCUCCCAAUAGUCAUUGUCUCCUCUUGGGCUCUGGUUGGAAUAAUCUUGCACCCGGAGGAACCAAACAGACUUAUGCUGAAGUAUUCAGAGAUUGGUACUUUGAAAGAAGAGUGGUAGAUGUAAUUGACACGUAUCCAUGUCCUUACAACUGUACCACAUCAAAUUAGUGCUGUUUUUAAUUAGUCGCAUUUUAUUAUUGUAUUAUUGUAUUUUCGGAAUGAACGAACCUCUUGUUAGUAUGGUUUAUUCAAAAUAAAAUAAUUAACUUUCAUUAUUCUUAACUUUGAUGACCAAUAACUUCGUAUAAACUUUUCAUCUCUAACAAAAAACGCGCGAAAUUGGCACGGAAAUGUAGGCACGGCUUGUUCGUACCUUCACCGAGAAAAAAAUAAAGCCACACGGUCCGUUUUAAUUCGUGAAUGAAUUUGUCUCUACAUU